AUGUUUUUCUCAUCUCAAUUUGUUAUUUUUUAUUCAUUUGUUUUGACAAGUAUAAAUGAAUGUAUAAAUAAUAAUGAAAUAAAAUGUGAAUAUUUAUCAAUAGGUCGAGAUCAAAGCUUGAUAACGAAUGAAAUUCAACGUCAUAAAAGAUUUGUUCUUUUUCCUGAAUAUAAAUUAUGGUUAAAUGAUUGGCGUUAUUUAAAUCAUCCAAAUAAAUUUAUUUAUUGGAUUAGUAAUUUUUAUCCAAAUAAAAUUCAUUCAAAUUAUGUUCAGUCAUAUAUUCAUCAUAUUGUUAAUAAUAUAAAUAAAUUUAUUAAUAAUAAAAUAUCUUCAAUAGGUCAAGCAUCAUCUAUUGAUAAAGCUAAUUUUCAUUAUAAUUUUUUUAAUUAUGAAAUAUGUCCAACUGAUGAUUCAUUAUCAACAACAAUAAAUGUUCAAAGUAUAGAAUCAUUGAUUAUUUAUUCACGUCAGGUUAUUAAAGACAAUCGUUAUCGUGCUCAUGGAGGAAUUCUAUUAAAUUCUAUUAAUAAUUCAACAAUAUCAACAAUGAAAUUUAAUAUUCAUCAUACAUUUUUAAUUCAUCAAGAUUUUCAAUAUGAUCCAGUUGAAUAUAAAUGUAAUUCCGAUGGAAGUCAUUGUUUUAUGGAUCUUUAUGCUGUUAUGUUACAUGAAACUCUUCAUGGUUUUGGUAUUGAGCAUACAGAAAAGAAAUUAGCAAAUAAAAGUUUUCUUGCUGUUAUGCAUUUAUAUGCAAGUAGAAUAAUGUGUCAUGAUGAUAUUCGUGCUAUUAGAAUGGUUUAUGGUUUAUCUGUUAAACGAAUUAAUUCGAUUUAUGAUGAUACAUGUAGAAGAGAUUUUCCUCUUAAUCCAUUACAAAAAUUAAUAAAUAAAUGUCAUCGAUUGAUUAUUUUUUAUAUUUAUCGAAUUGGUUUAUCUAUUAGUUUUAUUUUAUUUCUAUUAACAAUUAUUUAUAUUUUAUUAAUAAAACAUUAUUUACAUAGAAAUGAUUAUGAUCAAUUAUCGAGUCCUCAAUCAGUUCGCUCUCAACAAACAUAUGAUAAAAUACAUAAACCAGCAAUAAAUGCUUUUUUAUGGCAUAAUGAUUACCUUAAUAAUUAA